AUGGCGUUUGCUGAUCUAGUGGCCCUGGUUGCUGCUGUUUCCGUUCAUUUUUACAACUUGAGGACGUCUUCUACGUCACCAUCCACCAACAUUUAUGAGCAAUUUGCUGGUCGAAUCGAAAACCCUCAAAGCAGAUACAUGAGCGUUACCAUGGCGAUCUCAAUGCACCGAUUACAGGAAGAGACUCAAAACACUAAGAGAGUUCUGUCUUAG